GCCACUCCCCCAGUGAAACUGGAAGAAAAUGUUUUAAUAUGGCUGAAGCCUCAGAAUUUGAUAAAAAAAUUAAGGAUUCAGUUAGAUCUGGAGACAAGUGAAGAAGAGCAGCUAUACUGCCUGGGUCUGGUGGCUAGCAUGGGAGUGCAGUGGGGCGAUAUUGAGGUCACCGUCAAGGACAUCAGAACUAGCAACAACGUAUUUAAAGUUUCCUGGCCUCCUGUAUUGUUCCCGAAAGCCUGGACAGCACUAUAUCUUCGCCUUCAUUAUCAACACCUUCUACAGUUAGCCUUUAUUCCUCAUGAUGCUAUGCAACAGCCACGCAGUUUUACGUUCCAUCCUGUUAUCUUGAAGCCUCUGGCUGCCAGUAUUAAACUAGAGAGAGGAGGGAUCACCAGACUCAGACUCACACUCCUCACACGUAAUAUAUCACUAGAGUACACAGUGAACUGUAAUCAAGGUAAGUCUUACUAUUUACCCGAUUACCUUCCAUUCCCCAGGCUCUGCAUGACCCUGACAAAUUUAAAGCUUACCUACGAAUGUAACAAAGAAAUGAUAAAACUUUUCUAUUUACUCAGUGCCUUCCUUGAUUUUUAACAGAAUCCCAUUAUUGUGAUCAUAUAGAAGGGUUACUUUUAGUUUAAUAUU